CAGUCCUGCAAACGUCUACAAAAAUUUUCGCUUACAAUUAGUAACAAAUCUCUUUCAUCAUUUAGAUACACGCGUCUUUUCUAAGCUUGUCUUUCCCCUUUUUCUCAUUGACGACAAUUAUAUUUCCCUUUUAUUUUUAAUACAAACAUUUAACGCAAUGUUAGAAAGAACACACUUGAAAGUCUUCCCCAUAUUGGGCGACACGGGAUUUGCAGUAAAAAAAAAGCGCAGCUAAUCGCAGGCAAAAACUUUGGACAAAAUUGAUCAUUAGCGCAAAACUUAACCUAGAUUGAUCGCCAGUUCUUGUUUGGAUAUAUUUCGAUCUCUGAAAUACUUGUAGAAAUCAUAAAGACAGACUUAAUAAAUUUUUACAACAAUUCAAUAAGAUGUAACUUUUUUAGAACAUUACGAUUGGCGACACUGAUCAAGUUGUCAAGGAAACCGCAGAUUUCAAAUGAUUUCAAAUCCUUCUAAUGGCCACUAACGUUAACGUGGACAAAGUUUUUCGCGUAAACAAUAAUUUAUGUCACUUUUCAAGAAAUGGAGCGUAUCUAGCGAUAGCAUUUCAAGCGAAUCUGCUGAUAAAAGAUGCACAGACUCUCGAUACCUGUCGAUCGUUUGUAUUCGUGGAUCUGAUACAGUAUAUGGAGUGGUCUUCAAAUAGCGAAUAUAUUCUUUGUGCGAAUAUAAAAAGAGCUAUCGUUCAGGUAUAUUCGCUACACUAUCCCCAGUGGAAAUGUAAACUUACCGAGGGUAGUGCAGGUUUGCAAGGUGUUACCUGGUCUCCAGAUAGUAAACACAUUUUUACCAUAGCAGAUUUUAAUAUUCAACUGUCUAUUUGGAACUUGGAAGAGCAAACGGUAUCGUACAUACAAAAUAUAAAAUCAUCUUCCUUUGACAAAUUACAUUUUAGUCCCAAUGGUGAGAGAUUAGCAGUAAUAGUUACAGAAGUAGAUCAAGAUACAGUAGAAAUUUAUAAAACUCAGAACUGGAAAAUAAGUCGAAAACUUAUUUGCGAUCGUUUGCGCGGCAUCGACGGGGUUCGUUGGUCGCCAAACGAUGAAUUAUUAUGCAUAUGGUGUUCCUCUCCUGCCGAACCAAAGUUGAUUAUUUAUUCUAACAUAUUGGAGAAACACGUAACAGCAUUUUCCCCGCCGGCACAGCCAUCUGAAACGUGUACUUAUGGGAAAGAGCUGAAAGGAAUUGAAAAUAUAGAAUGGAUUCCAAGUGGACAAUUGUUGGCUGUAAUAGGAUUUAACGAAGUGGUCGUCCUCCUUAAUCACAUCACGUGGCAGCCUUUGUCGAAAUUAUACAUGGAUCCAGUAAUCAGAGAAUGUAAUUAUCUAACAAAAGUAUACAAAGAAUAUGCCGAUUCGGAGAAAGUUUCUAAUAAACGUUUUGCAUCUUAUGAGGAACGUGUUUUACGUGAAAUACAUGAACGGCCUAUAUGCAUUGAAAUUGGAAAGAAAGAUAAUGACAAUUUCUCGAUAGCGAAAGUUAAAUUGUUUGAAUUUAGCACAUGUGGACAAUACCUGGCUCUGAAACAUGAACUUUAUCCUACCACAGUGUGGAUAUGGGACAUCUGUACGGAUUAUCUGGAUUAUUUGCUACUUGAAAAUCCCAUUUCAGCUAUCAAAUGGAGUCCUGUUCAUCCUCGACUAUUUGUGCUCUCCGAAUGUACGCGCGUGUACGAAUGGACUCGAAAAGACGCAAGCUCUGUACCAUUGUCUAAAAAUAUGUCGAUUGUAGACGCAUAUUGGCACCCUUCGGGAGAAAAAAUUGCAUUAUGCGGCUAUAAUAAAGUCAUGAUUUAUGAAACGAUGAAUACAUCUUAAAAAAAUAAGAAGACGAUCACUACGUGGGAAUGCCUAUUCUCCGUUAUGAUGAUAGCUGAGCGCAAGAAAUAUCGAGGAGACAUUCAUUUCGCGUCAUUGUGGGCGACUACGAAAGGAGACGACGAAAUGAAAGUGUAUCCGAUAUGGCGAAUCGAAAUGUUUAAAUUAUUGAAACAGAUUUUUCCCAUAUAGGAAGUGAAAGCUAAUUUGAAUUACGAAUUGUUACAAGGUAAAUUUUCUUUUUUUUUAAUAGCAAAUCAAAAGAUAAUUUUUCAAUCUACGUUUUUUUAAUCCGACCAA